GAGUGGAGAAGAAUAGCCACAGUUAGAAACAUAUUGAAGGGAUAGCUACGGUUGUGAAAGUCAAGUCGCAGUUCUCGUUUCUUUUCUACUUAGGAUUUGCCCCAAUUGGCCCAAUAACGCUACAAUUCAGUCUUUUCUGCGCAUGUCAAGGACUUUUGUCCCUCGGCGGACACCGUUGCCAGCCAAAGCUAUGUCUGCGCGCUCACCACUUUGGUAGGGAGCCGAAUUCUACCUUUCUCACCCGUGCCAUGGCGAGCCGAGGGGCUCGUCAGCGCCUGAAGGGGAGCGGGGGCAGCGGCGGGGACACGGUUUCGGCCGCCGACAAGCUGCGGGAGCUGCUGUGCAGCCGGGAGGCGAGCGGCGCGGAGCCACGGACCGAGUUGUCUGGGAACAAAGCAGGACAAGUCUGGGCACCUGAGGGAUCUACUGCUUUCAAGUGUCUGCUCUCAGCAAGGUUAUGUGCUGCUCUCUUAAGCAACAUCUCUGACUGCGAUGAAACCUUCAACUACUGGGAACCAACACACUACCUCAUCUAUGGGAAGGGGUUUCAGACUUGGGAGUAUUCCCCUGUUUAUGCAAUUCGCUCCUAUGCCUACCUGUUGCUUCAUGCCUGGCCAGCUGCAUUUCACGCAAGAAUCCUACAAACUAAUAAGAUUCUUGUCUUUUACUUUUUACGAUGUCUCCUGGCUUUUGUGAGCUGUAUCUGUGAACUUUACUUUUACAAGGCUGUGUGCAAGAAGUUUGGGCUGCAUGUGAGUCGGAUGAUGCUGGCCUUCUUGGUUCUUAGCACUGGCAUGUUUUGCUCAUCAUCAGCGCUCCUUCCUAGCAGCUUCUGUAUGUACACCACGCUGGUAGCCAUGACUGGCUGGUAUUUGGACAAGACUUCCAUUGCUGUGCUUGGAGUGGCAGCUGGGGCUAUCUUGGGCUGGCCAUUCAGUGCUGCCCUUGGUUUACCCAUUGCCUUUGAUUUGCUGGUCAUGAAACACAGGUGGAAGAGUUUCUUUCAUUGGUCUCUGGUGGCCCUAAUACUCUUUCUGGUGCCUGUGGUGGUCAUUGACAGCUACUACUACGGGAAGCUGGUGGUGGCACCACUGAACAUUGUUUUGUACAAUGUCUUUACUCCUCAUGGACCUGAUCUUUAUGGUACAGAACCCUGGUAUUUCUAUUUAAUUAACGGAUUUCUUAAUUUUAACGUAGCCUUUGCUUUGGCUCUUCUGGUCCUACCACUGACUUCUUUGAUGGAGUACCUACUGCAGAGGUUUCAUGUUCAGAAUUUAGGCCACCCGUAUUGGCUUACCUUGGCUCCAAUGUAUAUUUGGUUUAUAAUUUUCUUCAUCCAGCCUCACAAAGAGGAGAGAUUUCUUUUCCCUGUGUAUCCACUUAUAUGUCUCUGUGGUGCUGUGGCCCUUUCUGCACUUCAGAAAUGUUACCACUUCGUGUUUCAGCGAUACCGUCUGGAGCAUUACACUGUGACGUCGAACUGGCUGGCGUCAGGAACGCUCUUCCUGUUUGGCCUCCUGUCCUUUUCCCGCUCUGUGGCACUGUUCAAAGGGUAUCACGGGCCCCUUGAUUUGUAUCCAGAAUUUUACCGAAUUGCCACGGACCCAACCAUCCACACUGUCCCAGAAGGCAGGCCUGUGAAUGUCUGUGUAGGGAAGGAGUGGUAUCGAUUUCCCAGUAGCUUCCUUCUGCCUGAUAAUUGGCAGCUUCAGUUCAUUCCAUCAGAGUUCAGGGGCCAGUUACCAAAACCUUUUGCGGAGGGACCACUGGCCACCCGGAUUGUUCCUACUGACAUGAAUGACCAGAACCUGGAGGAGCCAUCCAGAUACAUUGACAUCAGUAAAUGCCAUUAUUUAGUGGAUUUGGACACGAUGAGAGAAACACCCCGGGAGCCAAAAUACUCAUCGAAUAGAGAAGAAUGGAUCAGCUUGGCCUACAGACCAUUCCUUGAUGCUUCUAGAUCUUCAAAGUUGCUGCGGGCAUUCUAUGUCCCCUUCCUGUCAGAUCAGUAUACAGCGUAUGCAAACUACACCAUCCUCAAACCCCGAAAAGCGAAGCAAAUCAGGAAGAAAAGUGGAGACCGGAGAAGAGCAGAGCCACCUUACAGGAAGAAUUGAAAAUCCCUGAACUGGAUGGCUGCAUUAAACUCUCUCUCCAUACUCUGGCCUGGCAUCUGAGAACUAGCAAGCCUCUUUUGGGCCACACAGGCUUCUCCACCAAAGCUGUUUGGCAGCUCUUAGCAGACCUUACUCAAGUCCUAGUGCUGAAAAUGAGCACAGCCUAAUUGCCAACCUACAUGUCCUUUUCACCUCGUGCAGGACUAAGCUUCUCUAAAGCACUUCACAGGACGAGGACCCUGUCCUGGAGAUAUCUCAGGAAAAAGGCAACCAUUUGAGGAUCUGUAAUCUAAUUUCAUUAUGUAGGAUGCCUCUUAUUCUCAGUUUAUUUACUAUACAACAAACUGUGUUAAGUUUUCGCAUGCUGUUUCUUGAAUUCCAGACUUUUCUGUAUAAAAGCAUCAGCAGAGUAGACCAUAACUGUAUAGGACGUAUUUGGGGAAAAUUAAUUCGAUCACUUGGUAGGUAGGUUUGGAUGACCUCACAUUUUUAAGUAAUGUAUUUUGAGGCUAUUGAUGAAUUCCCGCCCCCCCCCCCCCCUUUUUUUAAAGAACCCUAGUGGAAAAGGCCACUGUAUAUUUACAGCACGUAUUUUUGAGUCUAUCUAUUGCAAAGCACAUUCUGCAUGGGGCACUUCUAGUCAAAUAGGCAAUGAUAAGGACUUAAUUAAAGUGUAAUGAGUAUAUACUGUUACUUUACAUACAGUAUUUCACUGUUUACAAAGUACUUUCACAUGAUCUCGUUUGGUCCUCACGGUCACAGUGUGAGGCAGACAAGACAAGUGGUUUGGUCCCCAUUUUAUAGAUGAUGAAACAGGCUUUGGGGGGUGGUGGGGAAGGGCAAGUAGCUUGCCCAAGGCCACAGUAAGUAACAGAGCUGGGACUAGAACGUGGGUUCCUGAACUUCUUACCUAAAGCUCUUCCAUACUUCCUCUCUUGACUCCGAAGACAUUGGAAGACAGAGCGAUGGUGUUGGCUAGAGACCUGACUGAUAAUGUAACUUUCUAUUUUAAGGAAGAAUUUUAUCUGUGUUUCUUUGAGUUCUUCAGAGCCUCCACUCUGCCUGUGGGUUAGACCAUCACAGCAGUGCCCCGUGAUGCGGCCCAGCCUGUGUCUGGAAAGUUGUGCUCAUGUUUGGAAGUCCUGCUCUUUUGCAGCCACACAGAAUCUCCUAUCAGUUUCGUUUCUACAUAAUCAAUCUGGGGUCAUAUUAUAGGUGCCUUAUUUCUAUAAAGGUAGUUAUGUCUAGUAAUCUGCAGAGAGGAUGAAGAGAUUUUUCAGAGCUUUCAUCUUUCAUUCUUCAAAGGGAAGGGCUUUUCAACAGGAACUGAUCCCAAGAGAAGAGAAAGGAAGUCACAGGGAAAGAAAUGGCUAGUCAACAUACAAAAAGUCUCCUCCUCGUCGGGAUCCCUCUCAUGGAAUUUCCAGACUGAGGUUGAAGCGCUGGAGAGGAAAUAGGUCUAGACAGUACAGAACAGUAACUGGAGAGUGAAGAUAAAUUGGGGUUCCACUUGCUGCUUUAAAGAUUUCUGGUAUUUAAUUCUCCAUACUUGGUUACUGCUUUCCAAGGCAAAUAUUGGCACAUGUGGUCUGACUACAGGGUAGAGAAUUUGCAGUGAAAUGUCUUGCCACACCUGCAGUAACCAUGUGCUGUCUUUCACAGUGGCUAAAGCCUUCUACUUUUUGCAGGAAAAUAAGAGUCCCAUAAUGGAGGUCCAUGGUGAGUAGCUUUUUUCCUAAUCAAAGUGAUACAAUGAUGGUCUCUUUUCUCACCUUGCAUGUUUAAAAAAAAAAAAAAUCCUUCUGAGUGAGGACUUACUGUAAUAGAGCACAAAAAAAGGUCAUGAUUGAUCAAGGGAUUCCUUGGGGAUAUCUGCUCCUAUCCCUUUUAAAACCUGGUUUUGGUUUCCUCUGUUCUAGGUACAUCUUUAGUGAGAGCACAAUACAUUGUGGAACACUGUGCCAAAUGCUGUGGGUAAGGGAUGUAAAAACGAAUGUUGUUCAUUUUGAAAAUGAGUAUUUUUCAUGUGAUGUUAUAUAAACACAUUUUUGAAAAGUCUCCAUCUCAGCAAUACAGGGAAGCCAGCUUUGCCUGGGAAAAAGAGUUUCAAAACACCUGGUCAGACAAGUAUUUCUCCUCCAGAGGAUCUGUGUUUAGCAUGAGCUAACUGCUCUGCUCACUUUAAGGAUAAAGUAUCUGAGGUACUUGUCUUUUCACAGAUUGUGGUGUAUUGAGAAAUACGGAGGACUUUGUUUAUUAUUCGUAAUAAACUUUGAUCAUGGAGCUAAAUGAGGGAGUAGGUGUACUUGACCGUUUCAGGGCUUUCUGAUCUCUAAAUUUUAUUUAUUUAUUUUUUAGUAAUCUGUAUGUGGGUCUCGAACUCCCAGCCCCAGCACCAAGAGUCACAUGGUCUUCCCACUGAGCCAGCCAGGCGCUCCCCCGACCUCUUGAUCUUAAGCAGCUUUAUCUGAACCCCAGAUCUUAUGACACUGAGUCCCAUUACUGAACCAGACAGUGUGCUAGGCAUCUAUUAUCAAAGUGUACCUGGCACCUGAGGGCUGUCAUCUGGUAAAACAGAAGACUAGUCAUUUUAAUCUCUUGGGAUAAUCACAGAAAAUGGGAGCCCAUACUCUUUAUUAUUGAAUUGAAGUUUAGAAACAUUGUUUUAAAUCAGGGUGGUUCUUGAUCUCAACCAUUUCCUUGGGACAUUUUUGCUGGUUUGGAGUUCUGGGAAAGAACCUUAAAAACUCAUGUGGUUUUGUAGCAUUAUUACAUCUGGAGUGACUGUUGGGUCAAAACACUAGUGGCAAUCGUUUAUUGUGUUUUUGCAUUUCGUGGGAUUUGAAAUAAGAAUUCACUGUGAUUAUGCUGUCUUCUAGCCAGUGUCAGGCACCUCUGCUUUAAUUUGGUUAUUUUUUUCCGAAGAGGGAAAAGAGACACAAUUUAAACUUUGCCUCCACAGCCUAUUAAAGCUCAUGUGUUAAUUCAUUCUUAUGUUACUACAUUAAAUGCCUUGAGUAAAUGGAUAGAUGGACGUAUGCUCAGCUUUAUUCUUUUGCAACAGAAAGAUGAGAUUUCAGAUGCCCUCUGGUGUUUUGGUAAAUCUAAAUGAAUGUUGCCUUUGAUUUUUCCAGUACAUACAUUACCAUGUAAUUCAUGCUGCACAUGAAAUCAGGAAGCAGUACAGUGUUGAUGCAAGAGUCUUGUCCAGUUCAUUUGUCUUCCUGAUCCCUGUACUUUAUUCCACGUGUCACUAUUUAUAUCACGUACGUGUGUUUUCUGUAAAAGAAAAAGUUAAAUAAAUCUUGGCAAUUUGA